AUGGACCGAUUCUUGGGCACGUGGAGACUGGAGAGGAGCGAACGUUUUUCCGACUUUCUGGGGCGCCUGGGGGUGCCCUACCUGAUUUGCAAAUUUGCGAGCGUGUUACCGACCACUCUAAAUGUUAAACAGGAGGGUGACAAAUACACUGUGGAGACAAUUACCACAUUUAGAACGAAGACAGCCACAUUUCGACUUGGAGAACCAUUUGAUGAAGUCAGUAUGGGCGGCACGCCAAUCCGGUCAAUAGCCAAACUUGUUGGUGAUGUUCUCUUUUUUGAGCAGAAGAGUGUCAAACCGACUAGUUCCUCGUGGAAGGUGGAGAACAACAUGCUAACUACCGUGGCAGUGGCCCCUGGCGAAGCCAGGGCUAGUAUUGCCUGCGUCCAGCCAGACUUGAGAGAGCGUGAGACAGUGAUGGCAGCUACUGAAGUAGGAUUGCGGAGCAGGUUCAAGUGUUCUGUUAUUGGUGUGUUGCAAUUGCCCGAGGGGAUGUCGCCUGCAAAGGCCCCCUGCUGCGUUGGCCAAAGAGGUGACAUGUUAAUUGGCCCUUAG